AUGCCGAGCCACAAGUCUUUCCGAACCAAGCAGAAGCUUGCCAAGGCCCAGAAGCAGAACCGCCCUGUGCCUCAAUGGAUUCGCCUCCGAACUGGUAACACCAUCCGCUACAACGCUAAGCGAAGGCAUUGGCGCAAGACCCGCAUCGGUAUCUAA